AAUGAGGCUCAUCCGAUCAUCACUCUUCCUGGUGAUCUAAUAAGGGGGCACAUUUUUCCACUUUUCCAUUCUGACAGAAACUUUUGAUCAGCUGCAGGAGAUGUUGUGAUUCAGUGAAACUUUGAACCAUCCCACCGCAGGAGGGACUCAAACUUUCACACGCAGGCGUUUUCUCAGUGAAAUGGGUGUUCCAGAGUGAACUGUCCUGCCACUGCGUCGCCAAGAGUCCCGAGGUUUGUGUGCACAUUUCUGGGAAAGCCUCCAACUUAUUUCUGCCAAGGAGAACCUGGGAGGAAGCACACUCAGCGGAGAGGAUCACACAGAGCACAUUUCUGACAUUUUGCGCGUCCUUCCUCCUUCCUGCGUGCAGGAGAUCGUCCCAAUAUUAACUGGAAAUCAACAAUGCCCGAGGACUGGUUGGAUAAAUUAAAUGAUUAGUGUCCUGACGCACGCCAAAGUGUUUUUUUGGAGAUGUGAAGUGGAACAAACUUUUCACGAUCUUUUUCUCGGGGCUUUGAGGAAAUAUUUCGGAGUUUUGGAUGUUUAUCUAAGAGAUGAGCUUUUCUCCUGAUCUCCUGGGAUUAUUAUUGGCUGCUUGAAAACGGAAGUGUCGCUGAGAUGAAGUUCUGGAUAUAACUUUUUACGCACAACAAACUCUGCUCUUAUUCGCCUGCUUCGUUAAAUAAAGAGCAGACAGUGAGGUGGAAUCCUUCGACAGAAGGCAGACAUGCUCUGAAUUACUCAGGUUAGAUUAUUUUGUGCCUCUGCUGCACAUCUUCAUCUGGAUUGAAUUGACCAACAGCAUCAGAUGCUGUAAAGACGCGCGUAGAUCGCAGCUCCGCCACUGGAUCUGUAUCUGAAUAUUCUUAUAUCUGACACUUCGACACAAUGCGGGGGGCUUUUGUUCUCACUUUGACUCUGAUUUAUCUGCUGACAAGGACUGGAGAAGCAGACAAACCGACGCACCUCCAGCGGCUGCAGCUGCACAGGCGCAGACAGGGUCGAGUCCAGCAGGGCGCAGCAGACAAGGAGCGCCUUGUUGGACGUGUGCACCCUGGGUUUGCAUCAGCAAUCUCUGUGCACGGAGCCAGCAAGGAGGAGGGUGUGCAAGCUGAUGAAGGAACAUUGCAGAGCAGGAGAGCAGGAGUGUCAGUACCAAGGAGAGGGAUGAGUUUGAACCGUCAGCCAGACAUGCAGCAGGAUGAGUCCACACCAGGAGCCCGAUCCAGGGUGGCCCGGAUGCCCAGUAGUGCCGGGUCUCCUAACCUUCUGGCCAGCUUUGCAGGAAAGAACCGCGUCCUAGUGAUCUCUGCUCCUCAUGACUCAGAUGGAUACUACAGACUCAUGAUGUCUCUGCUCAAGCCGGAUGUUUACUGCGAGCUGGCGGAGAGACACGUCCACCAGAUUGUCAUGUUCCAUCAGGAGGGAGAGAUGGGGGGUAAGGUGAGGAGGAUCACAGUGGAGGGGAAGGUGAUGGAGGAGCCGCUGGACACCGCUCUCAUCCCCAGACUAAUGAGCUUCCUCAAACUGGAGAAAGGUAAGUUUGGGAUGGUGCUGCUGAAGAAGACUCUGCAGGUGGAGGAGAGGUACCCGUACCCGGUGAGGCUGGAGGCCAUGUACGAGGUGAUCGACCAGUCACCUAUGAGGAAGUUGGAGAAGCUGAGACAGAAAGGCUUCGUCCAGAAGUGCAGAGGAGCCGGCGUGGAGGGCCAGGUGGAGGAGGGCACGCUCACAGAUACACCAGUAGAAAGAAAACUGCCCAAAAAGAUCCCAAGAAAGCCAACCACCACCACAGCUGCCACAACGACCACUCCAACAACUACACGCCCAACCACGACAACUACCACCACCACCACGCCCCCUCCAACAACGACGACGACCCGGCCCACCACCACAACCAGGGCGACCACAACCACGACCACGACCAAGGCAACGACAACCAAAGCAACAACAACCAAAGCCACGACCACAGUGACCACCACCAAAAGAACCACCACAAGACGACCAACGACCACGACCACAACAACCACCCAGAAACCAACCAGAGCCCAGACCACUGCCCUGUGGUUCCCUGCGCCCAGGACUACAGCAGAUCCUCACUACUACAACCGCAGAGAGAGGGAGCGGUACCCGGCUAAAACCACACCGGCUGGAGACAACCGCACCGACAAGGACGGUAGAGAUCCAUACCGUCGGAAGAUGGUUCCUGCAACACAUAAACCGACCAAGAUCAGACCGACCAAGAGGAAGAACGGAGAAGAGAAGGUGUUGACCAAUGAGUACGAGGACAAAUAUGAGCCCAGCAGGCCAACAGCCAGCGAUCCAGAGGAGACAGAAACCUUCACAGACAUCAGUCCAACCAAGAGGGUGAAAGGCAAACAUGACAAGCAUGACAAGAAGAAGAAAAAGAACGACAAGGCUGCCAAGAAGGCCGAGAGGAGGGGGGGAGGAAAGACGGGGAAGAUUGGUGGAAAGAAAAAUGGCAAGAGGCUGUCAAAGUACCCCGAGAAAGAGCACUACCCGAAACCCACCAAGAAGCCGACACCCCCUCCAAAGGGAUCGCUGGCCUCUUUCCUGGACUACUUUGAGAACAGGAGGCGGCUGCUGCUGAUUACAUCUCCUAGCGAGGAGAACAGCAUGUAUGCUCAGCAGAGAGACGAGUACCUGGAGUCUGUGUGUGAAAUGGCCAUCAGGAAAGUCUCCAUCAUCACUAUCUUUGGCUCCCUGACAAACUCCACCAUGAAAAUUGACCACUACCAGCUGGAAAAUGACAAACCAAUGAAGGGUCUUCGUCAGGAGGAUCUGGUGAACCAGGAUCUGAUCACAGAACUGAGGAAAGAGUUCAGUAUGGUUUAUGAAGACUUCUACAUGGUCCUCACCGACAUCGACAUGAGAGUCAAGCAAUCCUAUGAGGUUCCCAUCGCCAUGAAGGCCGUGUUCGACUACAUCGACACGUUCUCAUCCCGUAUCAGGGAGAUGGAGCAGCAGAAGAGAGACGGGGUGGUCUGUAAGAAAGAAGACAAGCCAAGGUCGCUGGAGAACUUCCUCUCAAGGUUUCGGUGGAGACGUCGCCUCUUCAUCAUCUCCGCCCCCAGCGAUGAGGAGUGGGCCUAUCAGCAGCAGCUCUACUCCCUCACCAGCCAGGCCUGCAACCUCGGUCUGAGGCACAUUGCCAUUCUGAAGUUGGUCGGCACAGAGUUAGUGGAUAUGGGCGGAGUCCUGGAAUUAUAUCCUAUCAAUGGGAGCGCUACCGUUGAGCGGGAGGGACUUUCUGGCAUGCUGGUGAAGGACAUGAGGAACUACUUCCAGAUCAGCCCAGAGUACUUCUCCAUGCUGCUGGUGGGAAAAGACGGAAACGUCAAGUCCUGGUACCCAUCUCCCAUGUGGUCCAUGGCCAUCAUCUACGACCUGGUGGACUCCAUGCAGCUACGCAGACAGGAGAUGGCCAUCCAGCAGUCGUUGGGUAUGCGCUGUCCAGAGGACGAAUACGGAGGCUACGGCUACCAUCAACAUGGAUAUGAACACGGUUAUCAGGACGGAUAUCAUCAAGGAUAUGGCUACUAACUCCUCCCUCUACAUUGCAGCGUCUUCAUGACCUGUUUUAAUCUUUCCCAGAUGGCUCAGACAAAAUGAAGCCCCUGAACUUUUGUAGCACUUAAAGAAAGCCUCAAAACUUUUGCUUUCACCUUUCCAGCUCUUUAAUUUUUUACAUUUUAUAGCUGCAACUAAAGAAAAUAUUAAAGGGGCUUUAUCAGAGAGAGUUAAUGUAGAAAUGUGUAGAUGAGCCUGGAGGUUCAGGGAUUUGUUGUCUACUUUUUAAAAGUUUUUCCUGGCAUGGUCGAUUUUCUACCAAAGGUGCUGCUGCCUCCAAGUUAAAAAAGGUCUCAGUAUCAUUCUUAUUGCAUUAAAGUCUAGUUUUCUUAUGAGAUGUUUUUCUACUUUUUAUAGGUUAUUUGCAGAUGACAUCAAAUCACAGUGAAAAACUCCAAAGGGGGGUCAGGAAGUGAUUUCUGCACACAAUCUUGAGCUUUUUUAAGUAGUGAUACAUUAAGGCAAAAAAUUAGAAAGUGCUACAGUAACAAACUUGGAUUAGAAACCUCUGUCUAAAGCCUAGAGAGAAAAAGUUGGACAAUGCUCACAUAUCUUCCAUUUCCACCAAGUUGUCUGCUUUGGUUUAGUCCAGUUUUUUUCAAUGUAAACCCUGAUCUUGCGAAGGUUUACCACUGAUCUCUUUCCAGCCUUUCAAGAUCUGGAUCAUUUGGUGAAGCUUAGUAAUGAGAGUCACUCUUUUGUCUCCCAAACGGCUUUUCAUUUGGUACAAAUUUUGAUUAAAUAAACCAAAAUGUAAGAAAGGAAAAUGGCUCUCAAGCUAGAGUCAUUCAUAUGAAGAUCAGGCUCAUAGAACAAGUUAAUCAUUAGGAACACAACAUUAAACGUUUAUUUUCUUAAUAGUAUAUUAUUUUCAUUAAAAGCAUGCUAAUGAAAAAACGAGGGAGAAAAGCUGACUCAACUCCUCCAAACCAGUAUUUCUCAACUGGCUGGGCCUCAGGACCCAUCAACUCCUCGAUGAGAAAUCGUGACCCAAAUUUCUGAUAUUUUUUCAACCAAUCAGAUCUACCAAAUAAAAAAUAGUAUGAUUUGGCCUUGACAUUACAGAGCAUUUGACAAAUCAAACAGACACCAAAAAACUAGCAAAUUCUAAAAGUGUUUUAUGGACUUUUUGGUGCAAGUUUUACUUUCAGGAACACAUUUGCAACCCACUCUCUAGACUCCCUUCAUCUGUUUAGACCUAUAGUAGGAGUCCUGCAGGGCUAAGUCAUUACUGAUAUGGAUCAUCUCCACGCCAGGCAAAUCAGUUAAGGGAUCAUAGCCAUAGCCAGUGGAUGAAGAAAUGUUCUGAUAUCUGCCUGCAGCACCACCUAGAGCUUUAACAGACUAACCAGACCCAGAAAGAGCCCUCCCCAGAAUUGAUUUAGGUACCAAGUUUUUCUAAUGAAAAAUGUGGCAGUUUGGACUUGAGAUGGAAUAAAAAAUGUAACAAAACAAAGAGAUGGAUAAAUGUCCUUCAAAAUAAAAGCACAUCAAAGACCUUUACCGCAUUUUUUUUUCCCUGACACUCAUCUACAAGCCUCUGAAAAUGGCUUUUGGGUCCUGACCCACCAGUUGAGAGUCAAGGUCAGUAUCUGUUCACUGUUGUUUGAAUGUGGGAUAGACGAUUUUUCUUAAACUCCAUUAGCCUCAGAUGAAACUGAAACCUAAAAGCUCUCCUUUUCCCAUUUAUCAAUGCCUUCAAAUAAAAAUAUUUCUGUAUGACAAUAGAACAAUAAUCAUUGAUGUUGCUGUGAUUAUGAACCUUUUUUUUUUUUUCUGGCACGACAGUGAUGUGCUUUUGUAAUUUCCAACUGACACGUUACUACGUCUUUGUCACUUAAUUUUCAGGUCAAACAUCCUUAAGUUAGCAUCACAUUCCUUUAUUUUGUAGAUGACAGGCUGAAUUUAACAUUUAUGUAUUUAUUGGACAUCUGUUGCAUUUGAGGUGCAGGUAUUGUAUGAAAAGAUCACAUUAUCUCCAUUUUGUAUAGUUUCUGUUGCAAUACAAUGUUCUUAUUUAUACUCUGUUGUGUUAUCUGACAAAUAAAAAUUUGUUUACUAC